GUUCUGUCUCUCUGUGAUGAAGAAACCAAAAUUCAGACCCUGGGAACCAGAAAAGUCUUUGUGCUAAAUCCUGCGACCAGUGAAGAAAGGAUAAUUCAGUUUAGAAUUGUUGACAGAGGCCUAACACCUCUGAUCGGUCUAAAUGACUCUGAAACACUCAAACUCAUUGAGCUCUUACGAGAGAAUAUUGCUGUAGUAGCCCCAGCUAACCCAAGUGUCCCUGUAACUGCCAAUGAAGUGACAGCACCACUCACUUUGGAGACCAUUCUGACUAACUACCCUCAAGUCUUUGAUGACAGUAUAGGAAAGUUUGAGGGCGAACUACAUCUUCACACAAGUAAUGAUGUCACUCCUCACAAAACAGCUCCUUGAGAGAUCCCCCUCUCCGUGAAGAACAACUUUAUUGCUGAAGUAAAAGAUCUCCAAAAGCAAGUUAUAAUUGAGAAAGUGACUGAGCCUACCGAAUGGGUAAGUGCUCCAACAAUUGUAAACAAACCUUCUGCUAAGAAUGGAAUUAGACUCUGCAUAGACAGCAGACCACUGAACACGGCACUCAAACGAUCUGAGUACCCAAUCCCGACUGUCGAUCAUCUGCUUACAGACAUUAGCAAUGCUAAAGUAUUCUCUCUAGCUGAUAUCAAGACUGCUUUUUGGCAUGUACCAUUAGAUGCAGAAAGCUCCUUGCUGACAACCUUUAAUACCGCUCUUGGACGGAUGAAAUGGAAAAGAAUGCCUUUUGGCAUCAGUGUAGCACCUGAAGAAUUUCAAAGAGGAAUUGAUGAGAAUCUAGAACGAUUAGAAGAUGUAAAAGCCAUAGCUGAUCACAUAUUGAUCUGGGGCGAUGGAGAAAACAUUGAAGAAGCAACAGCUAGCCAUGACAAGAGAUUACUUGCCUUGUUGGAGCGAUGCCAUCAGAAGAAUAGGGAGCUUAAGAACCACGACGACGACUUUGUCGACGACGACCGGAAGUGAGAUACCGCGCACUGCGCAAGCGCGGUUAACAAAUUUCGUCGUCGUGUUGUCGUCGACGACGCCAAACACAGUAGAAUCACUUCGUCCUGCAGUCCACAAGCUUCGGCAGGUAUAACUCCCUGUUUUUAAGCGAUUUUUCAAGGGCUCUGUAUUUUUUCACCUCGUAAAUCCAGGUAUCCUUUCUUUUUUCUCCUAACAAGCGAUGUUGAUUGAAAAUUUGACUGACGAAUUGUGUUUACUUCGAAGACAACACUGAGCUGUGCAGGCCGAGAGAGCGAACUCGCAAGUGACAAAUUUAUUUGUGUACGUAUUUAGGUCAGGCAAAUCAUACAUCUUUAAUAUAGAGGAAAUGAACUUUAUAUGGAAAACAGCUACUGCAUCGGAAUGUCUCUUUUUCCAAAUCUAAACUCUGACAGACACUCGGACUCGGUCAUGUUAUUCAGGUCGAAAGUUGAAUAACCUUCUUACGGAAAGCAGAGAUUUUUCCAUUCGUAAAGGUCAGACAACACUAAAAAUUCUUCAUCGUCAGUCAAUGAAAGUAGACGUACGGCUUAUAAAAUAAGAUCUUGCAUCGUCUUAAAAGACGCCUUUGCGAAAAAACUUUGUUGCGAACGAACGUCACAGUUGUACUACUUCUACAUGUUUGUUUACAUUCAGUGUCGUCGUCGUCGACCUACCGAUCGACUGCAUCUUAAGUUUCCUUUUUCCCGCCGAAACUGACGUUCUCGUUCCAGUCUUUUCCCACUCAACAGACGUCGUCGUCGUGAACUUCGUCGUGGUUCUUAAGUUCCCUAUUAUUAAACUUAAUAAGGAGAAGUUCCGGCUGAGGAAGAAUGAGUUGUUCUACAUGGGUGUGGUCCUUACAGACAAAGGAGUGAAACCUGACCCCAAGAAACAAGAAUGUAUUCAUUCAAUGCCUGCCCCAACAAACAAAGAGGAAGUCAGUAGACUACUUGGUGUUGUUACCUACCUCUCAAGAUUUUCAAAAGACUUGUCAACCAAGUCAGAACCGAUACGAGCUCUGCUGAAGAACGACACUGCGUUUAUCUGGGAAGAAAAUGAACAGAAAGCUUUUGAUGAAAUUAAGACCCUCAUUCUGAAUGCACCACUGCUAAGAUACUUCAAUAUGGCUGAACAAGUUGAAGUCCAAGUGGACGCAUCAUCAAGUGGUUUAGGAGCCUGCCUCAUGCAAGGCGGCCAACCUAUACAAUAUGCAUCGAAAGCAUUAACAGACACUGAAAAAUGCUACAGCCAAAUCGAGAGAGAGAUGCUUAGUAUUGUAUUUGGACUCACUAGAUUUCAUACCUACACUUAUGGUAGGAAAGUGACAGUCUAUAACGACCACAAACCCCUUGCUGCCGUAUUGAAGAAACCUGUUGAAGAUAACCCUGUUAGACUUCAGCGAAUGCUAUGUAGAAUCAUGGGAUAUGAUGUCGAAUUCAAAUAUGUAAAAGGCAAAGACCUUUUUAUUGCUGAUGCCCUGAGCAGAUCUCAACCGACUAACCAGCACCGAAGCAAGAUCGAACAAGAGAUUGAAACGACAAGAGUUGUUCAUGAAGAACAAAGCUUAACAAGCAACUUCGCUGAAAUUGCAGAAGCCACUGCAAAGGACGCUGUCUUACAGUCUGUCAUCGACCAAAUAUCAAUGGGCUGGAAACCAAGCAAACGAAACGUUCCUGUUGAAAUCUUACCGUAUUGGAACAUUAAGGAUGAACUGUCCUUUAACGAUGGAAUCGUUUACAGGAGUGACCGCAUCGUAGUCCCAGCAACACUCCGAAAGACUCUGAUUGUUAAAUUACACCAAGCACAUAUGGGCACUGGGUCAACCCUUAGGCGUGCUAGAACUUGAUUAUGGUGGCCGGGAAUGAACAAUCAAUUGAAACAGUUCAUUGCUACAUGUGAAGUCUGCAAUGCUUUCCAGACUAAGAACCAAAAAGAAACACUAAUCAGUCAUGAAAUUCCUAACAGACCCUGGUCAAAAGUCGGAUCUGAUAUUUUUGAAUGGAAGAAAGAACACUAUCUCGUUCUAGUUGACUAUUACAGUGACUCGAUUGAAUUUGACUUGAUGAAAAACCAAACUGCAUGUGAAACCAUUAAUCUAAUGCAAAAACAAUUUGCAAGAUGGGGAAUUCCUGAUGAGAUCGUCACAGACUGUGGUAAGAACUACGACUCCGUCGAGUUCUCGCAAUUCUGCCAACGAAAGAAGAUUAAACAUACCAAAUCUUCACCAUAUCACCACCAAAGUAACGGAAGAGCUGAAUCUGCUGUGAAGAUUUUCAAAACUUUGCUUAGGAAAGCUGAGAAAAAAAAAUUGAGUCCCUACGAAAUUUUGCUUGACUAGCACAACACGCCUACUGCUGGCAUGACAACUUCUCCCGCACAAAGAUUCCUAAACCGUCGAACAAGAACUGAAGUACCUAUAAAAGCGACAUUACUGACACCUGAGAUUGCAGAAACAGUGUUAGCAGAGAAAACUAAGAAACACCAGAAAUCUCAAGCCUAUUAUGACCGCACUGCUAAAGACCUAAAUGAAUUAAGGCCUGGAGAUACCGUUAGAGUCAGGCCUGAAGAACAAGAGUGGAAGAAAGGAACUGUCUCACAGAACUGUGGAUACCGUUCAUACGAUGUUAAUGUGGAUGGUAAACUGCUCAGAAGAAACCGUGUACAUCUUAAGGAAGAUCAGAAAGGCAAAGUUACGGAACCCUCCUCGAAAUCUGCAGAACAUGAACCAACAGCCGAAGACCUACCUGUAGUUGUUGCUGAAAAGAAUGGAAAAAAAGUCAAACCACUAAAAGACACUGCAAAGGCUGCAGAACCUGCUAAAUGCACUAGGAUGGAACUUAUUACUGUUAAACGUACACGUUCGGGACGCUUAGUGAAACUGCCGCAAAGAUACUCUAGUUUAACGUAA